CUCUAGAUCUGACUCACAGAUGGCGGCUUACCUUCGUAGCUGGCUUGCUCCUCAGCCAGCUCCUUCUCUUUCUCCCCUACCCACCCCAGAGAUUCGCACAGUUUCUCCUUCAUUGUCUGACGAUGGCGACGAUGGCGAUGCUACUGAGACUGAGAGAGAUUUGGAUGUUCCACCAGCUUUCCCCAGCCGGGACAGCGCCCAGAGAGCCCAAUCGUCUAGCAUUCCAAAGUUCCUUUCAGAUACAGCGCUAAUGCCUCCACCGCCUUUAUCUCAGCUAGCCGUCCGGACUCCUGGGGUCGCGAAAGCGUCCAACUCCCUUGCUGUUCCUCCUACGACGACCAAGCCGCCUGUGCGACCGUCUGCGAAGAGAGAGAAGGUAGCCUUAGCCCCUGGACAUAGCUCGCUUGAUUGGGCAAAGCUCAAGUCUUCCGGCGAGGAUCUGAGAGGCGUCGAUACUCUCAUGCGAAUCCCGCCAUCUGUAUUGAAACAACAUAAUACACGGGACGAUGCCUGGUCUGCGUUUAAUGGAAAGGUGUAUAAUAUAACGCCUUAUCUUGCGUUUCACCCGGGAGGGGAGAAAGAACUCAUGCGCGUUGCUGGACGAGAUGGGACAAAGCUUUUCGGGCUAACACAUGCAUGGGUCAACGUCGACUUCAUGCUCGACGCGUGUAUGGUUGGUUUCCUCGUCCCCGAGCCUACCUCUUAGCAUUUAGAUGUUGUUAUACACUUCCUAAUCAUUAGACCCUACCCUUUAGAUCUACCAGGAUAGAGAUUACUACUAGGUACUCUGAUA